CCUCUGCCCCGGAAGGUGGACUGCAGGAAGUGGAGCACCAUGAUGUUCUUCCCCGCAGGGAUCCAGGGACCCCUGCAGGAUGUGCUGAUGGGUGGGGGUUCACAUCCAGAUUAGCUGUUUAGGAGCUGGGUGACCCUGUGCCUGUUUGGCCUGUUACAAGGAUUACAUGGAAUUAGAUCAUUCAAGUGCUAGACAUAGUGGUCUGGGAACGUUAACUGUUGUUUUCGGGGGCUGCCUCCCAGGGAGAGAGAGCUCCUUGGGGCUGUUCAAGGUGGGUCAGGGUCCCAAUGUGCCCUGCUGUUUUCCUCUGAUUUUCUUGACCUGUAGGAGAUGUCACCGAUGGAGCUCUGCUAAGAGGCCACCCACUUCUGGGAUCAGGGCUUCCCUAAAUGAACACCUCCUCCCACUGGUGGAAGGAAGCUGUGGGCAGGGCUUUUGGGCCUUGGGAAAUAGGGUGCAGGUGUUGGGAAUGGGGGAACUCGGGGCCCCAGGGGCCUGCCACCCUUGCUCCCAAGGGAGCUGCCCAUGGGUGUUCCGUGCAGGUCUCAGAACCUCAGCAGCUGCUGGGGGGCCUAGGUCACCCCUGUGCGUCUCCGUUGUCCCUGAUGACACCGAGAUUUCACAACCCCAAAAGGUGGCCAGUUCCAGUGGAAACUGGGUAGACAGGUUCAACAAAGAGGGAGGAACCCCCUUCCCAAGUUCCAACUGUGCAGCAGGCUGGGACUGGGGUGGAGGAAUUGUUCCCCCAAUGCCCCACAACUGGUUGUUCCUAAACUUGGCUGCCCUAGCCCCAGGCCUGGCUGGGGAAGGGGGAGAGGAGCCUCCUGGAAUUCCUUCCUCCUUCCAUUCACUUGCAAGAAACCUGCAUUGAGCACCUACUGGAUAAACAGCCCAGGGCUGGAGCUGUGGGAAUCUCAGAUGAUAAGACCUUCGCCCUCCAGGAGUUUUAUAGUCCUGACGACGGUGGAACAUGGCUUCCCGCACCAGCCCAGUGCCCUCGGCUACAGCCCCUCUCUGCACAUCCUGGCCAUCGGCACCCGCUCCGGAGCCGUCAAGCUCUAUGGUGCCCCAGGGGUGGAGUUCAUGGGGCUGCACCGGGAGAACAACGCCGUAGUGCAGAUCCAUUUCCUGCCUGGCCAGUGCCAGCUGGUCACUCUGCUGGACGACAACAGCCUGCACCUGUGGAGCCUGAAGGUGAAAGGUGGGGUGUCAGAACUACAGGAGGAUGAGAGUUUCAUGCUGCGUGGCCCCCCAGGGGCUGCCCCCAGUGCCACACAGAUCACCGUGGUCCUGCCACAUUCCUCCCGAGAGCUGCUCUACCUGGGCACUGAGAGCGGCAACGUGUUUGUGGUACAGCUGCCUGCCUUCCGCACCCUGGAGGACCGGACCAUCAGCCCGGAUGCCGUGCUGCAGCGGUUGCCAGAGGAGGCCCGCCAGCGGCGCGUGUUUGAGAUGGUGGAGGCUCUGCAGGAACACCCUCGAGACCCCCACCAGAUCCUCAUCGGCUACAGCCGGGGCCUCGUUGUCAUCUGGGACCUGCGGGGCAGCCGUGUGCUCUGCCAUUUCCUCAGCAGCCAGCAACUGGAGAACGUGUGCUGGCAGCGGGACGGCCGCCUGAUUGUCAGCUGCCAUUCUGACGGCAGCUAUCACCAGUGGCCUGUGUCCACCGACGCCCAGCCACCGGAGCCCCUGCGCAGCCACGUGCCUUACGGUCCUUUUCCUUGCAAAGCUAUUACCAAAAUCUUCUGGCUGACCACCAGGCAGGGGUCGCCCUUCACCAUCUUCCAGGGUGGUAUGCCUCGGGCCAGCUAUGGGGACCGCCACUGCAUCUCAGUGAUCCACAAUGACCAGCAGACAGCCUUCGACUUCACCUCCCGUGUCAUUGACUUUACUGUCCUUGCCGAGGCAGACCCUGCAGCAGCCUUUGAUGACCCCUACGCACUAGUGGUGCUGGCUGAGGAGGAGCUGGUGGUGAUUGACCUGCAGACAGCCGGUUGGCCGCUGGUCCAGCCUCCCUACCUGGCCUCCCUGCACUGCUCUGCCAUCACCUGCUCCCACCACGUCUCCAACAUCCCCCUGAAGCUGUGGGAGCGGAUCAUUGCUGCUGGCAGCCGGCAGAAUACACACUUCUCCACCAUGGAGUGGCCCAUUGAUGGUGGCACCAGUCUGGCCCCGGCCCCGCCCCAGAGGGACCUGCUGCUCACGGGGCACGAGGAUGGCACGGUGCGGUUCUGGGACGCCUCUGGCGUCUGCUUGCGGCUGCUCUAUAAACUCAGCACGGUACGAGUGUUCCUCACUGACACAGACCCCAACGAGAACCUCAGUGCCCAGGGCGAAGAUGAGUGGCCCCCACUCCGCAAGGUGGGCUCCUUCGACCCCUACAGUGAUGAUCCCCGGCUGGGCAUCCAGAAGAUUUUCCUCUGCAAAUACAGUGGCUACCUGGCUGUGGCAGGCACGGCAGGGCAGGUGCUCGUGCUGGAGCUGAAUGACGAGGAGGCAGAGCACACUGUGGAGCAGGUGGAGGCCGACCUGCUGCAGGACCAGGAGGGCUACCGCUGGAAGGGGCACGAGCGCCUGUGUGCCCGCCCAGGGCCCGUGCGCUUCGAGCCCGGCUUCCAACCCUUUGUGUUGGUGCAGUGCCAGCCCCCGGCUGUGGUCACCUCCUUGGCCCUACACUCUGAGUGGCGGCUCGUGGCCUUUGGCACCAGCCACGGCUUUGGCCUCUUUGACCACCAGCAACGGCGACAGGUCUUUGUCAAGUGCACACUGCACCCCAGCGACCAGCUAGCCUUGGAGGGCCCACUGUCCCGUGUGAAGUCCCUAAAGAAGUCCCUGCGCCAGUCCUUCCGCCGGAUACGUCGCAGCCGAGUGUCCAGCCGGAAGCGGCGGCCAGCUGGGCCCCCGGGGGAGGUGCCAGAGGGAAGCUCCAGGGCAGAGCGGACGGGCCUGCAGAACAUGGAGCUGGCGCCUGUGCAGCGCAAGAUCGAGGCCCGCUCGGCGGAGGACUCCUUCACAGGCUUCGUCCGGACCCUCUACUUCGCUGACACCUACUUGAGGGACAGCUCCCGCCACUGCCCCUCACUGUGGGCUGGAACCAAUGGGGGUGCUGUCUACGCCUUCGCCCUGCGUGUGCCCCCCGCUGAGCGGAGAAUGGAUGAGCUGGUGCGGGCAGAGCAGGCCAAGGAGAUCCAGCUAAUGCACCGAGCGCCCAUAGUGGGCAUCCUGGUGCUGGAUGGACACAGCGUGCCCCUUCCUGAGCCCCUGGAAGUGGCGCAUGACCUGUCGAAGAGCCCAGACAUGCAGGGAAGCCACCAACUGCUUGUUGUGUCAGAGGAGCAGUUCAAGGUGUUCACGCUGCCCAAGGUGAGUGCUAAGCUGAAGCUGAAGCUGACCGCCCUGGAGGGCUCGCGGGUGCGGCGGGUCAGCGUGGCCCACUUCGGCAGCUGUCGAGUGGAGGACUACGGGGAGCAUCACCUGGCCGUCCUCACCAACCUGGGUGACGUCCAGGUGGUCUCAGUGCCCCUGCUCAAGCCCCAGGUGCGUUACAGCUGCAUCCGCCGGGAGGACGUCAGUGGCAUCGCCUCCUGCGUCUUCACCAAAUAUGGCCAAGGCUUCUACCUGAUCUCACCUUCGGAGUUUGAGCGCUUCUCUCUCUCCACCAAGUGGCUGGUUGAGCCCCGGUGUCUGGUGGACUCAGCAGAAACCAAGAACCACAGCUGCCCCCGCAAUAGAUCUGGCCCUGAGAAGGCCUUGGGCAGGGCCAGGAACUCAGGGAGCCAGAGCGAUGGAGAGGAGAGAAGGCCCAGCCCCGUGAUGGAGCACGCUCUGCUCAAUGACGAGAGGGUCCUGAAGGAGAUCCAGAGCACGCUGGAGGGAGACCGAGGGAGCUAUGGUGAUUGGCGUUCUCAGCGAGUGGCCGUGAGGUACAGCCUCAGCAAUGGGGGAGCGGAGUGAGCGGGACGCGCAUCCAGGCUGCGCGAUGAACACACUACUGAGGGCUCUUCCUCGGGGCACUGCCCCACCUGGAGAGACCUGUGCACUGGGCUGUACCAGGGGCUGGGGCGCCCCCGGGUUCACCCUGCUGCUGCUCCAGGCCUUGGGAGAGGAGCGACUCCAGGCCCUGGGGCUGCCCUCCCUGGGCCUCGUCUGUCUUGAUCCUUUUGUCAAUGUUGCACAGUUUUUAUUCCCUCUCCCCUUUUUGUAGUGGGCUGGGUUUUAAAUUAUGAAUUUUAACUGCCUCUGGGUGAAAAAGAGUUUUUAAUAAACACCUUAUUACCUCUUCACUGGACUAAUCCAAUGACUUUAAUUUUUUAAUUGUGCAGAAAUUUUCCACGUAAGUGGAAAUGAUCAUAAGGCGGUUUCCUCUGCUUGCCAGGGGAUAGAUCAUAAAGGGUCCAUCCCCUGGGCCAGGCUGGUGCUCAGGAGAAUCCGUUUUUUAAGCCAUUUCAAUCAGAGCAGACUGUGCUUGGUUGUAUCUGAACACUGUUUUGCCUUCUCUCUUUGGGAAUAAAUGGCAAGAGUUAA